AUGAGUCGACAGUGCUACACCUCCAGCUCUCUCCUGGGAAGACGGGGCUUUUCCUCCGCAUCCGCCGUCUGCGGCCUCGGCAGGGGCAACAGCAGCUCAGCCUCCGUCUGCCAGCCGGUGGGACGGAGAUGUGGAAUCGGUGGCUUCAGCAGCCGGAGCGUCUGCGACCUGGGGAGAGGGCAAAGGAUUUCCUUUGGUGGGAGCUGCCGCAGCGGGGUCUACGGUGGCGCCGGCGUCGGACGUUGCGGCGUGGCUUACGGCGGAGGACGCUUUGGCGUGGGCACUGUCGUGGGGUUUGGUAACUGCGGAAGCUAUGGGGGCCUGGGCAGCUACAGAGGUCUUGGGGACGGCGUGGCUAUCGGAGGCUAUGGCGGCGGCAUCGGCAUCGGCCUCGGUGGAGGUAGAUCCGAAGGGAUUCGGGGCGUCAGCAUCCACCCAGAGCUCCUCAAGCCUCUCUGCGUGGGGGUCGACCCCGAGGAGUGCCAAGUGCGGACCCACGAGAAAGAGCAGAUCAAGAACCUCAACAACCAGUUCGCCUGCUUCAUCGACAAGGUCCGGCUGCUGGAGCAGCAGAACAAGGUGUUGACCACCAAGUGGGAGCUGCUGCAGCAGUAUGUCCUCCCAGCUUCCCGGAGAAACCUGGAGCCCGUUUUCGAGAACUUCAUCUGCAACCUGAGGAAGCAGCUGGAGUGUGUGCUGGGGGAGCGAGAGAGGCUGGAGAACGAGGAGCGGUGCCUCAGGGACCUGGUUCAAGAGUACAAGUGCAAAUAUGAAGAUGAGAUCAACAAGCGCACGGCUGCGGAGAACGAGUUUGUGGUGCUCAAGAAGGAUGUGGACUGUCUCUACCUGACCAAGGAGGAGCUGGAGGUGAGAGUGGGCCUCCUGCGGCAGCAGCUGGAGUUCCUGAAGUGCAUCUAUGCCGAGGAGAGAGCUCAGCUGGAUUGCCAACUGUGUGACACCUCUGUCAUCGUGCAAAUGGACAACAGCCGGGACCUGGACAUGGAAGGCAUCAUCAAGAGUGUUGAGUGCUGCUAUGAGGAGAUUGCCCAGAAGAGCAAGGCUGAAGUGGAGGCCUUCUACCAAACCAGACUGGAGGAGCUCCACAGCAGCAGGGGCAAGUUCUGCGAUGACCUGAGAAACAACCAGAGCGAGAUAGCCGAGCUGAACAGGAUGAUCCAGAAGCUGCAGUGUGAGUCGGACAACGUGAAGAAACAGAUCGCAGCUCUGCAGACGGCCAUCUGCGACGCUGAGCAGCGGGGCGACUGUGCCCUCAAAGAUGCCCGGCAGAAGCUGAUUGACCUGCAAACUGCACUGCAGCAAGCCAAGGACAAGAUGGCAUGCUUGCUGAGAGACUACCAGGAGCUGCUGAACGUCAAGCUGGCCCUGGACAUCGAGAUUGCCACUUACAGGACACUGCUGGAAGGAGAAGAGAGCAGGUAG